AUGUCGGACUCGCUCGUGCCAGAGACACGCGUACUGGCCGUAGCUAGCCAGGUCGUUUAUGGGUAUGUGAUCGCCGGCGCAUUUGUGUGGAGUCAUGCAAUGACGUGCAAGCUGACCCUGUCCUUCCCCCGAUCCCUUAGCCAUGUGGGCAAUUCGAUGGCGACGUUCACCAUGCAGUCGCUAGGCUGCGAUGUCGCGGCUCUCAAUACCGUCCAUUUUAGCAACCAUACCGGAUAUCGACAGUUCAAGGGUACUCGUGCGACUGCGCAGGAAAUCACCGAUCUGUACCAGGGCCUCUGCCAAAGUAACCUGAUCGAUUUCGAUGUCAUGCUAUCCGGAUACGCCCCAAGUGCGGCCGCCGUCGAGGCCGUGGGUGCCAUUGGCAUUGAUUUGCAGCAGCGGGCGGAAAAUAAUCCGGGGGACUUCUUCUGGGUCUUGGAUCCGGUAAUGGGCGACCAAGGGCGAUUAUACGUAAAUGAUGACGUUGUGCCCGCCUACAAGAAGAUCAUUCACCACGCCGACUUGAUUCUUCCGAACCAGUUUGAAGCUGAAGUCCUCUCCGGUAUCAAGAUCACCUCUCUCGCGACCCUCGCCGAAGCCAUCACGGCCAUUCACCGUAUCUAUUCCGUUCCCCAUGUCAUCAUCACCUCGGUACAGCUUUUUAAACUGUCCAGCUCCACCCCCAGUCCACCAGAGAACUUCCUGACGGUGAUCGGCUCCACAACCAAAUCCGACGGGUCUCCGCGACUGUUUCGGAUCGAUGUCCCCGCUCUGGACUGCUUCUUCAGCGGCACCGGUGAUAUGUUUGCGGCGCUGAUGGUGGCCCGACUGCGCGAGGCAGUCACCGCGGCAGGAGAAGAUCUACGAACCACCCGGUCCUGGGUGUCGCCAGACAGUGUUGCAUCCCGCAAUUUACCCCUAGCACGAGCGACUGCCAAGGUGCUGUCCAGCAUGCACAGUGUCCUCGAACGGACGCUGGAAGCCCGGGAUGCCGAGCUGAAAGUUGCGUUGCCUGCACAGAAUGGCGACCUCGGCACCGAAGAAAAGCAGAAAUGGGAGUAUCUACGCCAGACAAAGGCUGCGGAGAUACGGUUGGUUCGCAACGUGCAGUAUUUGCGCAACCCGAUUGAGCAAUUCGAGGUACAGGAGUGGUGCAAAGAAGACCUACCCGCGCAUCUACAAUAG